UGCGUAACAAAGUUGCAGGAUGUUCGACAGCAGAUACCGCAUUAUAGCACAGACCUACACAUGAGAGUUGCGAUCAGGUCACGAUCCAUUUACAAUUGAUGUCGAAGUCUGGGGCCGACUUGUAUCUGAAAAGGAAAUCAUCGAUCGCAUGGUCUUUUUGAGGAUGUCUCUUAUGUAUUUAUGGGACUGAGACGCCUCGCUCCUGACAAAGUAAUAUCCACGCGACAGCGCCGCAACGCCAAAGCAACAAACUACAUAGUAACGUAAACAGGUGCAACGAAAGUUGUUCAGCAGACGACGCGAGUUCGUCAAACAAAAUAGCAACAGGAGUACGUUUUAAACUUAGUGAUUAUCCGAUGCUUUGUGGAUACCGAUCUUUCGGCGACAGUUCGCCAAAAUGCAAUCAGAAUGCGAAUCAAAUGGAUCCAUACAUGUGUCAGAUUACGACAAUCUGGUUGACACACUCAGCGAAAAGGAACAGAGUGAGGAGACCAUGAUGUUGAUAUCUAAACAUGAACUGGAUGGAAUACAGCGGCGGUUAAGUAGACUCGAAAAGAGGACGUCAAGGUGUAGCAAUGGAUCAAUCAGAUUUUUGGAACCCGGGGAAGUACAUAACGAACACACAUUGCAAGAAAACACGCUCAAGAAACGGGUACGCACGACACUUCCGGCCUACAACAAUGAAUACAAUCGUCGAAUCACGCUCAAUGUUGGCGGAAUCAAAUUCGAGACACUGCUGACGACCCUUGAGAACUGUCCGGACACCAGAUUAGGGAGGUUGGCCGAGAUGCAUGGUGAUAGGGAUGCUGCAGAAGAUUACUUCUUCGAUCGAAAUCCAGGCGUUUUCCAAUCAGUUUUAGACUUUUAUAGAACAGGUGAACUCCAUUAUCCAUUGGAUGUAUGUGGCGCCCUCGUACGACGAGAACUUAAGUUCUGGGAAAUCGACGAAGGAACAUUUUCCACGUGUUGUGUUACAAACUUUUCUUCCUUUACGGACAAUGCUGAAAUACUAGAUGAUCUCCGCCGAAAUCUUGAAUACAAGCCGGACCCGUUUGCUUAUAAUCCGGACAGUGGGUGCACGAAGCGAAUACGGCUUCAGCUGUGGCAGGUAUUAAAUAAACCUCGGUCUUCCUUAGCGGCGAUGGUGUACGCAGCAAUACUCUUCGCGAUGGUUGGCACGACCUUGGCUGUUCAGUGCAUGGAGACAAUGGAAUCCUUCCUUACGGAGCGAAACCUGUCCGUACACUGUCCAUGGGGGGAACCAGCGAACGUUACUGUGCUGGAGUACUCUCAGUGGCUGAGGUGGCCGGACUUGGGCCUUGCAGUAUUCUUCACGUGCGAAUUUGUCGUAAAACUACUAUGCGCCCCGGUGAAAACAAAGUACCUCAAACACCCGAUGACGGCGCUAGACAUCUGUGCAAUUCUGCCGUCGUACAUCGUACAGGGUUUUUACCACGAUGAAUCAAACUGUGUGUUCGGCAUGCACAAGCGAGUCCUCGACUUUGUUAUGCUGCUCAGAAUCCUUCGCGUCUUUCGAAUCUUUCAUAUUCUUCGCCAUUAUGGCCCGUUCAGGGUACUGCUGUAUUCUGUCAAGUCGACCUUCAACGCCAUGGUCAUGUUGAUCGUCUUCUUAGGUGUCUCGGUCAUGUUCUUUGGCUCGCUGAUCUUCUAUGCAGAGAGGGGAGAGGUGAGUGAAGGACACCACGGGGACGACCACGGCUUCCAAGAUCUCCCUUCAGGAUUCUGGUGGGCAAUCAUUACCAUGACUACAGUCGGUUACGGCGAUAAAUUGCCCCGGACUGCAUUCGGUUACGCGAUCGGGGCCGUUGUUGCCGUCAGUGGUCUUGUGAUAUUAGCCCUUGUAAUUCCAAUAAUUUCAAACGCAUUUACCGCAUUGUAUAACUUUGACGUUGCCAUGAAGAAUGUUCAUUCGCACAGCAAGAUUCGGCGACGGAGGAAGACACUAAGUGUUAACAACACCAUGCAGUUGUCGCGGCUGAAAGAACAGGGUUCACGGGCGGUGAGACGGUCCCUGAAGAGGAAGAAACGGGCCCUCACGAACAAGAAAAUAUGGUUCUCUUCAGAGGAAAAGGAUCUGAACGAGAGUCAUACUAGUAUUUAGAACAUGCCACACUUAUGGCGUGAUUAAAAAUGCAUUUGGAAUCCAUACACAAGACGAACUGAAUUGUAUGUGAAUGUAUUAUGACCAAAGACACCCGAAAUGAGUCCGUGACCCGAGUAGGUUUCUGACUCUGUCGCCGAGACCCUCAAUGCAUAAUUGCGACAAAUUGCAGAACGUCAUCGUCUGCUGUUCGUCAACGAAUUGCCGUUUUUUUCUAAAUUGACUAUUAAGCGGAUUGUCCAUAUUUGGCCCGGUAAUCAAAGGUGGAAUAUCAACUAUUGAAUCAAUGAAUUCAAAAGAAUUCUACAUGUAAAUAUUAUUUUCUUUCAAACUAUUUACAUUAACUGUAAAGGGUAUGACGUUCUUUUUCUGGUUUCGCGUGUUUUCACGUCUACAUUGUAUGAUAUGAAGGAAGACAGAAGAUUUUUAAAACACCCCACCAAGGCAUGUGUACCAUUACAGCGAGUAUCUCAGUAAAGAUAGUAAAAUAAUUGUCUUGUUCGAUGCUGGUCGGGUAUCUCGUAUCGGCAUGCACCAGGCAUCAAUGUACCGUAGUCUGGGGCACCAUCGAUUUUUGUGUGAAGGAUUUUGGUAUUGCCAUCUAUUCAUUAUUCCUUGCACCAUCAACAUUGCACUAUCGAAUGAUUGGUCGUCCCAAAGCCUGCAAAUAAGCAACAGAUGGCGAAAAGGUCAGGCCCGACCGCAAAGGGAGAUAUUGUUUCUGCCCACGUUUACCCAUAACAAGGUUCGCUCAUGAAGCAACAUGAAACAAUAAGGCUAAGGCUUGGAAAAUUCAGAACGUGUGUCUCCUUUUAUGUAAGCUUAUGUACCAUCGAAAUAGUAACCUACGAAAGUUCCCAAUUUAACGACCGCAUGUGACUGCAUGUUUAUGUAGACGGUGCAAAUGGUGGUUCGAGAUCGUAUGGUCGUGAAACGCGGAAUCUGAUUUUAGCCAAUUUUGGCACUCGUUGAAUUGCAAGAGAUCUACUAUAGAAACACAUCGUCGACUUGAGCUUGACGAAUAUUGCCCACCAUACCGGACUCGUUAGACGCCAAUGGUCCACAUUACCGGUAUAUAUUAAGGAAGUGACUACUUGGCAAGCCCGGCUUACCAAACAGCGACUUUUUCGUCCUGAAUG